AGUGUAGUGUUAACACACCACCACGCCAUACCAUACCGCACCACACAACACCACCGCUACCAUCAACACCACCACCACCACCAUACCAUACCAUACCACACAACACCAUACCUCACCACACCACCACACCACAGUAUCCUUGGCGACCUAGCCAUUCCAGCCCGCCGAGCCCCGCCGAUCCCCGUCCCGUCCAGCCGCGGCUAAGUGGGACAUUAUUCUAUGAGGCUUAAUAAAUAUUUUGAGCACAAAGCAAGACCUUAGAAUUGACCCCACAAUGGUGUUCAGACUUAAUUUAGCACCAUGAAACGACGUCAGUCCUUUUUACUCAUCCGGUGCACUUGCACCCAUGAGGCAGGUGCCGCAAGGAGGGGCGGAGCUUUAAUACCAGAGGAUAGAUAUAAGAAAGCGUCUCAGGAAGCAGGAAUACAGUUCAGGUCGUGGCCAUGAAGCUGCAUCUGCUUCCCUUCCUGUUCCUGCUGCUGCUCCUCGUGCUCGGCCAGUGCGCCAAUCACCAGGGCAGGCGACAUGUCCAGGGCGGCACGUCCAUGGAGAAACAACACUUGAGGAUACCACGAGUAAAGAUACCGAAAUGGAUAAGGAAAGUUUUUAGAAAGAAAUCCAAAAGCAGCAAAUCCAACUUAAGUGAAAUUGAGCCAAUCGGUUUAGAAGAGAACAUGGACUGGCAGGAGCCCAGUUCAGGGACAUCUGACGGGAACAUACCCAGAGCAAGGACACCUGACGAAGACCCACGCAAAGACUGGGAAAAGUGGAACAACAAAGAUGAUACUUACUUAGGGUCACGACGAGGGGAGCUACCCAAGUACUGGGACAGGUGGGAUGACAAAGAGACGUCCACUGUGGACGCAACGAAGCACUGGGAAACGUGGAUUGAUAGACGAGAAGACAAGUUCUGGAGCAACCGAGGAUAAAACACCUAAGAACUGCAAAGGACGUGAAAGAAUAAAACAUAAGGGGACUUCGGAGACAUCCAAGGGACAGAUACCUGAAGACAAGACACGUGGACCAAAGCGAAUGCAGCGUUGUGAGGCCCCAGUGAGGGGGCGGUGUGGCGGUAAAGGUGUGAAGCCUCAGACUCACACUGUUUUCAGAGUCGCAUUAUCUUCCGUCACCCCGGCUGUAGACAGAGGCUGACGCACACACGCUAGCCACACGCCACCCACUGCCUGUUCUGUCUCUGCUCCCCUUUGAUAAGCUCCUGUCCACAAAUGUAAUCAUGUAACAUGCAUAAUUAAAAAUGUCAUACAUAUAAAUAAAUAAAGUUUCUUUCAUAAUC